AUUGAACAAAUUUUUGAUUUUUGCCUUUAACCUGUUUAUCCUUUCAGAGGAUGAAAUAGAGGACAUUAUAAAAUCUCUUAACUUUAUGACAGGAGAGAUUUCAAAUAUUGCUAAACCACAGAAAUGUAUAAUGGGUUUGAUGGACGAAAUUAAAGAACUGAAAAAACAGAACGUUGAGAAGGACAAAAAAACAGCUGCAUUGGAGUGGAGAGUAGCAGAUUUGGAGCCAUAUGAACGACAUAAUAGUCACCGGCCUGGGAACCAAACCCAGCUCGUACGCAAGGGCAGUCCGAGUAGAUGGAGAAGCUGAUGCGCAUGAUCUAGACUCGCUAGAAAACCCAAGUGGUGGACUUUCUAGGCAGCCACGGGAUAAAAUUGGACACCCAAGGAAUAGAGGCAUGCCACCCUCUUCCCACAAAAAAAUGAGAAUACAGAACCCGCUAUUAUAAUACGCCUUGUAAAUAAAAAACAAAUACUAAAACAAGGAAAAAAGUUGAAAGGAACGAAUAUCUACCUCAAUGAGCAUCUAACAAAAAGAAAUGCCGACAUUGCCAGACAAGCUCGACAAGCUUGACAAAUGAGGAAACAAGGCUUCAUACAAUCUCCAUAGACAAACAACUGUAAAGUUUUCAUAAAAUUGAACGGACCUCCAGAAGAGGCCAGAAUAUUGAACAUUAAUGACAUUACCGAUCUCCAAAAGUACCAGAAGAACUAACCAAUGACAAAUCAAUACUUAAAUAUAAAUAAUAUCAGCCUAACCGAUCCUCAACAGACAAAUAAAUAAAUUACAAUGGGCCUUACUACGCACACCUGGAAUGAAGAUAUAGAUCUGGAUACAAAUUUCUUUGCACAUAUUACACAAGAGUGCGUUUACUGUACUGAAGAACAAUACAACAGUAAUAUUACACCAGGCGGCAAGCUAUCAAUUAUAUCAAUUAUUAACAAUAGAAGCAUGUAUGCAAACUACAAUAACAUAAGACAAUAUUUGAGCCAAUUAAAGGAACCCUUCAAAGUAAUUGCAAUCUCAGAAACUUGGACUGAUGCUGAGAAAGGUAUAGAUUUUGGGCUAGAAGGAUAUGAAAUGAACGAUGUAAACAUUAAGAAAUAUGUUAAGAAUAUGUAAGAGAGGAUAUUAUAGUAAACUAUUAGACAAGAAUAAAAAUAACAUUAGAGCAUCAUGGGACAUUUUACAGUAUUGUAGCGACGGAUAUAUUGUGUGAACUGUAGGGGGCAGUCGGGUUCAGCAUGUUGGUCGGAGCAAGCGUUUUAGAGGGAAAAGGCGUCGAUUAAGAAGAGAAGGAAGUGUUGCUGUUUGUACACAUGUAUGGCUAAAUUCGCAUGCAAAUCUGUAAGUGCUGUUUUGCGGUUAUGAAAAUAAAUGGCCAACUGAAUACAGCCAUCCUGGCGUGCAGUUAUUCAGCCGCCAUUACAGUAUUUUCAGGAAUGGAUCCAAGAAAGCUGAUUACCCUCAACAUUUUAAACAUGGAAAUGUCAAAAAUGGGGAUAUAUGACCGAGGUAGUAGAAAUGUUCAAGAAAUACUUCGUAAACAUUGGACCUAAUUCAGAAGAAAGGAUCCCAAAUAACUUGUCAUCGGAAGAAAGGAAUGUAAGUAUACACAGGAAUCCCAACUCCCCGUUCCUCACCAGUGUGACAAAAAAAGAAAUCAUUUAUAUUGUCCAUAAAAGUAAGGCAAAAACAUCAAUUGACUGUAACAGUAUCGACAUGGGAAUGAUAAAAAAAAGGUCAUCACAGAGAUCGCGGAACCACGGUCAGACUGGUAGAAUUACAAACCUCACCUUCAUUGUAACACAUUGUUAUAUUUCUUUACCAUGUUCACAUAUUAUUCAGAACUAACUAUUGAUGUGAAAUGUAUUAGUAUUUGUGACAUGUAUUAGCUAUUGGAUGUGAAACAAAGAGGGGGUACGAUUGAAUAAUGGCAAUAAUAAUAACAUUUGGAAUUGUUAAUAUGAGAGGUAUACUAAUGUGAAAGAAUGUGAGAAAAAAAUGAAUGUCCCAAUCAAUCAAUCCUGACAUCACGCUCACGUUAGUAUCGACCUGAUACGACUGUGGUAUCGCCGAUAUCGAUUUUUUCCCCCCAUCUACUCGCUCGCUUCUACUAGCCGGAAAUCGUUGCUUCACGGAAGCUUGUGUUGCUUCAGGUGACACUCGUUCACUGCGUUUGACUGCCUCGUCAAACGAGACACUUUAACUUUUAUUUUUUUUUCCAGCCCAAAGUGGUGAGAAGACGACUCGGAGAUUGAUUUCAGAUAUCAUUUAGUGACGGUGCUAAGUUGAGCUCAGGGGACCUGUACCACCCAGAGCUACAGUGCCUUCAGCGGGGUUAAACUAUCAGACGCCACCAUGGCAACGGCUUUACAACACGUGGCUGUGGUCGGUGCUGGGGCGGCGGGUCUCUGCGCAGCCAGACGUAUACUGUCCAGACCGGACCGCUUCGCCCCUCCGGUCCUUUUCGAGCUGUCCGCUAACGUGGGCGGGACCUGGUGCUACGAAGAGCGAGUCGGGACGUACGACGACGGACGACCCAUUCUCAGUAGCAUGUACCGACACCUGAGAACCAACCUUCCCAAGGAGGUGAUGAUGUUCCCAGACUUCCCGUUCGAGGAGCAGCCAAGCAGUUUCCUGCCACAUCAGGAAGUGCGGCGCUAUCUGGAGACCUACUGUGACAACUACAAGAUCAGUCCUCACAUUAGGUUCAGCACAGUGGUGGAAGACGUGAAGGCCGUCGUCAUGACAACAGGCGGUGAGGAGGAGCAAACAACUUGGGAGGUGAUUUCAUCUGACGGCUUGGGCUGUCGGAGAACGGAGAUGUUCGACUCUGUGUUUGUGUGCACAGGGCAUUAUUCCGAUCCGUACAUCCCAGAUGUGGCCGGCCUGGACAAGUUCAAAGGCCAGGUUCUUCACAGCCAUGCCUACAGGAGUGCAGAUGCCUUCUCCGGUCUCUCUGUGGUCGUUCUGGGAGCGCGAGCGUCCGGAUUGGACAUUUCCUUGGAGUUGGCCAACGUGACCUUGAGUCACGGUCGUCCUCCUCUCACCUUUCCUCUUCCGGCUGCGAUCAGACAGUCCAGUCCGGUGGCGGCGGUCGAGGACGACGGCAGAAUUCGCUUCCAGGACGGCUCGCUGAAGGAAGCCGAUGCCCUGCUCUUCUGCACCGGAUACAAGUUCAGCUUUCCCUUCCUGGAUGCCCAGCAACUGGCUUUAGACAUUCAGGACCACUUGGUGGCACCACUAUACCGUUUCAUGAUGCCGCCCGCCUUUCCCUCGCUUUUCUUUAUUGGAAUCUGCAAGACCAUCUGCCCCUUCCCCUACUUCGACUGCCAAGUACAGUUUGCUCUGUCCGUGCUGGACGGUUCUGUCACUCUGCCGUCUCGGGCCCAGAUGGAGGACGAGGUCCGGCAAUGGCAGCAGGAGAAAGUAGAUUGUGGAGUUCCGCUGCGCCACCUGAUGGUCAUGGAUAAGGAUCAGUGGGAGUACCUCAGCAUGCUAGCAGUUGAUGCCGGCUUCCCGCCACUGCCUCCGGUGGUACGCAGCCUGUACGAGGAGGUGUGGCGACAGCGGCAGGUUCACCCCGAAAACUACCGCCAGGUCAACUACAGACUUGUGAGUGACACCCAGUGGCAGUUGGUGGACGAUGCAGGUACAUCAUCCCUUAUGGUGGCAACCCAAGGACAGCAGUGCUGAUCUGCAAAUGAUGACAGAUCCCAUGUUUUCUGACCCCUUCUGGCCACAUAGUUUUUAAUUUGAAUUACACUUUUGGCAUCUGUAAAGAGUCAUAUCUUUGUGGGGAGGUGUCUAGGAGAGGGAGCCAAGCCUGUGAACAGGAAGUGAAGUAGUCAGCUGACCAUCAUGUCACACACAUGCAGACAAACCUUUGAAAUACAGCAAGCAGAGUGUGAAGAAGCAUGUGACAGGGGAGUGUCCUUCGCUCCUACAAGAAGGUGAGAAAGGAGUACAAAUUAAGUAGAUGUUCAUUAAGAAACAAUUAGGAAUAUCUCAUAUAUUGGCAUCAAAAUGAGAUAUCUGAUCAGAUCUGUAUCCCUUUUUCUGUCAUCGAUAUCAGCGCACAAGUGAUAACCCCAUCAAAGCCUUCGGAUUGUAAAUAUGCAAUUUGCAAUGACUGUAAAGCGCUGGUUAAGCAAAGGGGGAGUAAGGUGUCUCCCUUCAGUAAUUCUCAUCUGAUAUCACACCAGGAAGAAUUACUGAGUCACUCACAGUAAUUCAUUAUAAAAUGUUUAUAAUUUCACUGAUUGUGUUAGUCCAGAGUUUCAUACUUUGCACUUUACCAUGUUCUUGUAGGGAUGGUUGUGCCACAUAGAAAUGGGCAGCUUUCCACAUUUUAACUUUGCCAAUCUUAUUUGUUUGGAUUCUUUUGUGAAUUUAUUCAAAAGACUGACUUGUCUUACUUGUUGAUAGUAAGAACAAAAUGAUUAAAAUACAGUUUUAAAAUGACUUUUACAGCAUAUUGCAGUAUUUGGCGUAUUUUGUACGCAGUGUUUAUUUGUGAAAUGCAUCCAGUGGCAUCAAU